AUGUUCCCGUUCCUCAGCUUCAGCCUCUCGGGGCUCAACCCCUUGGCCCACUACAACGUCUGCGUGGACGUCGUGCUCGUGGACCAGCACCACUGGCGCUACCAGGGCGGCAAGUGGGUGCAGUGCGGCAAAGCCGAGGGCAACAUGCCAGGGAACCGCCUCUACCUGCACCCCGACUCGCCCAACACGGGCGCCCACUGGAUGCGCCAGGAGGUCUCCUUUGGCAAGCUGAAGCUCACCAACAACAAGGGGGCCUCCAACAACGUCGGGCAGAUGAUCGUGCUGCAGUCACUGCACAAGUACCAGCCACGGCUGCACGUGACGGAGGUGAAGGAGGGCGAGGGCGAGGAGAGCGGCCAGGCCCCGCACACCCAGACCUUCACCUUCCCCGAGACCCAGUUCAUCGCCGUCACCGCCUACCAGAACGCCGACAGGUUGGGGGGGGGUUAA